AUGGGUCUACCAGCGGUGCAAGUGAACCCAUUGCAGGAUGAUAUGAGACCUGAAGCUAGCCCCUCUGGCAUUCGAGGUAUUGAAGUCGAAUCCAUUGCAGAAGAAUGGUUAGAACUUCCUUCUAGUGUAUCUCAAACUGUUAGUUCUAUCGAGGCAGAUUCUCUACCUGCAGCUGUAGAAAUUACUACUGCAUCAUCAGAUCCUUCACAAAGCUACGCAGCAGCUGUCUCUGAUGAGGCUGUCGGCGUCGAAGUACCUAGUGUGGUACAGGCUGAAGCCCCGCCACAACCUAGGCGACGGCGCCGACGUGCUCAUUUAACAGCCGUAGAAGCAAGGGUGCAAAUAGUUGAAGCUGCACGACAGAGGGCUGCUACUGAAGCUGCAAGUAGUUUAAUACUUCAAGAAGCUAUUUGUCUCUUCCGUGAAUUAGUGGCUAUAAUUAGAAGAAGGUGA